UGGACCAGGUGGAGCUGACCAUGGAGAACAAGCGUAACAUCCAGAUCAUCGAGUGGGAGGACCUGGACAAGCGCAAGUUCUACAUCUUUGGUGUGCUGAUGACCAUGGGCAUCCGCCUGAGCAUUUACCCCUUCACCCUCAUCCGCACCCGCCUGCAGGUCCAGAAGGGCAAGCGCCUGUACACGGGAACCUUCGACGCCUUCGCCAAAAUCCUGCAGGCAGAAGGAAUAUCGGGCCUGUACCGUGGCUUCCUGGUCAACACCUUCACCCUCAUCUCUGGCCAGUGCUACGUCACCACCUACGAGCUGACCCGCAAGUACGUGGCGCAGUACAACAACAGCAACGUGAUCAAGUCGGUGAUCGCGGGCGGUUCGGCCUCGCUGGUGGCACAGAGCAUCACGGUCCCCAUCGACAUCAUCUCGCAGCACCUGAUGGUCCAGGGCCAGGCCAUGGGGCGCUUCCAGCUACCGGACAGGGGGGGGGCUGCCCCCGCCCGGCGGCUUUUCAUGGGCCACACCAAGGAUGUGAUGCUGCAGAUAUUCCGGCUGGAUGGACUGAGGGGCUUUUACCGGGGCUACGCGGCUUCGCUGAUGACCUACAUUCCCAACAGCGCACUGUGGUGGCCGUUCUACCAUCUGUAUGCAGAGCAGCUCUCCCACGUGACACCAAGCGUCUGCCCUCAUCUUGUUGUUCAGGCCAUGGCUGGACCCCUGGCUGCUGCGACCGCCUCCACCCUCACCAACCCGAUGGACGUUAUCCGCGCCCGUGUUCAGGUGGAGGGACGAUGUUCGAUGAUCCAAACCUUUAAGCAGCUGAUGGCCGAGGAGGGCGGCUGGGGAUUGACCAAGGGGCUGUCGGCUCGCAUCCUGUCCUCCACCCCCUCUGCCGUCUGCAUCGUGGUGGGCUACGAGACCCUGAAAAAGCUCAGCCUCCGACCCGAGCUGGUGGACUCCCGGCACUGGUAGCCCACGCGGGCCGAGUGGCUGCCAGUCAGCCUUACAUCACGGAACCGGGGGAGCGCCCCUGUCCAAUAUCGGACCAAAAUCAAAGACCACCCCUCACAUUCAUUUCCUUGUAGGCAUUCGCUGUAGAUACAGUGGGAUCAAUGAAAAGCUCCACGCAGACUGACAAACAAACGGUGUGCAAAAGGCAACCGGCAUUGUUUUUAAAGUGAUAAUAAUAUUGAGACGGAGUGUGAGGUGAUUUCCAUCUUCAUGAGCAUGCUCCAAGACUCCUUAGACAGCGCCGUCCAAACCCAUCACCUGGAGCAGCAAAAGCAUUGGCACAGAAUGGGGAGAGGCCCUUUGCCAAUCUAACUCUCCCACAAGUUGAGACAGUGCUGAAGAAGGCGCGUGGCAUUUUGCCUUGAGUGGAAGGUACUUCAAAGCUUCAGAAAAAUCUGGUCAGGCCACCUGUGAAGGGCUGAAAAAUUAACUAUUUGUCACACUGCAUCAAACUGUACAGUGAAACUCAUCGUUUGCAUCAAUGACCAACACGGUCCCUGGAUGUGCUGCGGGGAGUCCGUGAGUGUCACCAACUCACUAGCCCGUGUAUGGUAUGUGGACGGAACCCACGGGGCUACAGGGAGAGCGUGUGACAGUGACGGGGACUGAUCCUGGGUCGUUGUCACUAACCAUACCACUCCAUCUGGAGUACUGUGUGCAGUUUUGGUCACCCCCAGAGGGCCUGUGUUCUAAUGCCCGCCACCCACACAUAGUCCUAACCAGCCACUCUCCCCAUUCGCGAGCCUCACAAAGUGUCUGAAACGCUGCUGAAUUCCAAGCCACACGCCAUCCUGACUGGAAAAUAUAUUGCCAUUCCGUCGUUGUGGCUGAAUCACCCCCUCCCCAACAGCAAUGUGGGUCUGCCCACCUUUCAAAGACUGCAGUGGCUCAAGAAGGCAUCCCACUGGCUCAGCCUGAAUUCAUUCAAGAUCGGUGAUAGUUGGGAUGUGACGAGUUGAAGGAACAGGCUCUCCGCCAUACAAUGCACAUGAGGCAGUGCUUGAGCUCAGCGCCAUUUUCCAGUCUAUUGCUCCUUAUCAACAUGCAUCUGAACACGCAGGACGAGUCCACUUCAUUCUAUCAGAUGACUGUUAACCUCAAUCACACAUUUCCCUCCUCUUGGCCCCUCCCCGGUGAUCUUUCUUACCCCCCCCCCUCCCCAGAGAAUCCACUUCUCUUUACCUUAAACAUUCUAGAUACGGAAGGGAAGAAGCUGUUGCUGAAUCGUUGAAAAUGGGUCUUCCAGCUCCUGAACCUCCUCCCUGGUGGUAGUUCUGAGAGGGGUAAAUCACUGAUGGUGAGGACGCUGCCCUCUUGACUCACUGGCUUUUGAAGAUAAUGGGGAGGGUUGUGCCCCUGAUGGAGCUGACUGGGUCUACACCCUCUGCAGCCCUUUGUGAUCCGGAGCAUUGGAGCCUCCACACUACAUCUGUAGGAAUUUGCUAGCCUUUGGUGACGUACCAAAUCUCAACCUUCUAAUAAAGUGUAGCUGCCAGCAUGCAUGCUUCAUGAUUGCAUCAAUGUGUUAAACAGUGAGGAAACACCUUCCCCUUGGGAUCUUACACACUUCAAUCCUGCCCCCUCCCUACUCCUAGAAACCCCAGCGAACACAAACCUUGCCUGCCCAACCUUUCCUCAUGGGACAGUCCACCCAUUCCAGGAAUCAGUCCAGUGAACCUUCUCUGAACCUCUACCAAGCUAAUCUUUAAUCUUAAUGUCAGACUUAGGAGCCAGGGGAAUGCGGAAUGCCCUCAUUCUGGGAUGAUGGGUUGUUGAUUGGAACCUUAAACCGGCUUUGGAAUUGGUUUAUUAUUAUCACAUUCCAGUGAAAAAUUUGGUCUGCACACUGUUCCUACAGAUCAGGAGGAUGUGCUGGGCAGUCCGCAAGUGUUGCCAGGCCUCUGCACGUCCACAAAUCAUCCUCCCUAACCCAUGAAUGUGGGAGGAAGGCCAAGGUCACAGGGAGAAGGUACAAUCUCACAGGCAGUGGAGAAUAUCAAACCCUGACUGCUGUCACGCUACACUAUUGUGCAUCUUUUAACAGGUAAAACGAUAACAAUGAAGAAUAAAGUGUAACAGAGAAAGUAGGGAAAUGAUAAGGUGGA